AAAACCGGAGUGGCAGAGCAGGUUGCAGUAACUUCGGCAGUCAGAAAUACCUUGGAGCUCUUGGCAGCUUGCUACUCUGUGCGAAAGCAGCCGUGGGUUGAGAGAGGGAGCACAGACAGCCCAGGAAUGCCAAGCAUAUUUUCCUACCUCAGCGCAGAAGUGGACUGGUGCGAAGGCAACUUUGAGCACUCGCGGUCCAUUGCGGAGUACUACAACACGAUCAGCAAUGUGAGUUUCUUCAUCAUUUCUCCUGUCCUGCUGUACCUGAAUAACCAAUAUGUCCAGGAGCACAGAAAGCCUGUGUACUAUCUCUCUGGCAUGCUCUUAUUAGUAGGUAUCUUCUCUGUAUACUUUCACAUGACCUUGAGCUAUGUGGGGCAGCUGCUGGAUGAGCUCUCCAUCCUUUGGACGCUGGCUAUAUCCUACACCUUUUGGUUCCCAAAGAAUCGCUUCCCAAAAUUUAUCAAGAACAGGACUCAGUUUAGAUGGCUGGUUGCCAUCAUCACCGCCGUCAUCACCCUGCUAUCGUUCAUCAAGCCAUCCGUCAAUGCUUAUCUGCUGAACAGCUUUGCCUUUUACCUGCUGUACAUGAUAUGGAGUUUUCUGAGGAAGUGCGAGGACGGCCGUGUCCACCGGCUAGCUGCUGCCAUGGUUGUGUGGUGGGCAUUAGCCAUUGGCUGCUGGAUAACCGACAAGUGGUUCUGCGGAUUUUGUCAGAGGAUCAAUUUUUGUUAUUUUCACAGCUUCUGGCAUAUACUGAUCGCCAUCAGCCUUCUGUACUGCUGCCCCUUGUUUAUCUACUUUUAUGUCUUAUAUGAGAUGCCUUCCUUUCAACCCCAGAUACAGUACUGGCCAUGCGACUCCUGGGUAGUUGCCUUGCCCUAUCUUGCCCUAAGGAAGACUCACAAACAGUGUUAGAGACCAAUUCUAAGAUUCAGCUGCUCAGGGGCCAUGCGUCUGAGCACAGAUAUUGUCUGCUAAUCCUUAAGUGGUGGUUUUGGUUUUCUGAAUGGCUGUUUGGAUACCACCAGCAGCAUAACUAGGGCAGGGCAACCAGGGCAGCCACCCUGGUUUCUAACUUGGGGGGUGGGAGGGUGGGGGCAAACUCUGCCACUGCAAUGGUAGCGGACAGCAACUGGAAGUCACUGCUGCCCCUGUGUGUCACAGGUGCCCCGGAUGCUCGGCUGCAUUGUUAUCCAGGUUGUAGCUGUAUUGGUCUAGAGGAAAAGGCAAUCAGGACUCACAGUAGAGAUGAUAUCUUUUAUUAGACCAUCAUUAUUGCUCUAAUUAUUAUUAUUCAUUAUUAUUGGUUUAAUAAAAGUUAUCGUCUCUACUGUGAGUCCUGAUUGUUACGCCUCUGGUUGCCACCCUGGUGAUCGGGAUAGAAGUGUUGAUAGCUUGCUCUUGCAUGGCGUGAGAGCUGUGUGAGAGCUCACGAACUGCCAGAAGUACCACAACCCGGUGUCUUCCGUUACACAGCUCCCCGGGGAGCGGGGAGAGGCUGCCUCUUUUGCACCUGGGUGUAUUUCAUGAUCCUUGCUGGAAGGAUCACAGCUGAUAACAAACCAGAGAGAUGGCAUCUGGCUUUAGGACUGCUAUUAUUAUUGUCAUUGUUAUUUAUUGAUGCCUGCGGUACGUUUUGCGGGUGUGUAUUAAAGCUAUGGACACUGA